UUUGUGUUCUGACAUUGUUGCUUCCGGAGCCUUGGCACGCUACACAGGAAGUGUUGUCCGGUUAGCCGAAGUUGCUGUGUGAUGAGCUAUUUUCGUAUAGUUUUAUUUUCUAGAUAUUAUAAACCUUUAUAAAUUGUAACAUACUUCAUUUUCAUCAUGCUGAUCAAAGUUAAGACCCUCACUGGAAAGGAAAUCGAGAUCGACAUUGAGCCUACAGACAAGGUGGAGAGAAUUAAAGAAAGGGUGGAGGAGAAGGAAGGGAUCCCUCCACAGCAGCAGAGGCUCAUCUACAGUGGGAAGCAGAUGAAUGAUGAGAAGACCGCCGCCGACUACAAGAUCCAGGGAGGGUCAGUGCUCCAUCUUGUGUUGGCACUACGGGGAGGAUCGGCGACCCGCCACUGCAGCACGCACCUCUUGUCGUCAUGAGAACCACCGAUCGCCAUCACUUUGGCACUUAAGAGAAAAUAUUUGAAUUUUGCUUUCUUCAUGCCAAUUUAUUCCAGAGGAAGGAAAACAACUUUCCUCUUAAACAAAAAAAAAAAAUCAGAAAGCUGUGCUUUGUUAGUUUCUUUCUGUGAAUAAAUCCUAAAGCUCACUUUUGUUCUCCACUAAAUAAAGUCACUCAGUUGUUUGUA